AUGCGAGAAGUGAGUUUGAUGCGGAUGAAGGAGGAUGAAAUGGAACGUAAGCUUUUGAAGCAUGAGUUAAAAAGGAUCCAACGUGAAAGAGAGGAGCUGGAACAACAACACGUACAAGAACGGUUGGUUGAAGGUUCGAUUCUGGAUGGCGAUGAUUUCGAAGAAGAUGAUUUUCGCGAGAAGGUGGAUAGCUGGCAGGUUGGAGACCCGGUUGAGAUGCAACAAAAGCAAGGCUCUACGGUUCCAAAUGCAGAACGUCACAAAUCGGCGGAUUGGAAGAAUUCUACAUUAAGAAACGGGGAAUCGGAUUCAACCAGUGUUGACAGUUUUGUAGAAGGAUACGAAUGCAGUUCAAAAGUUCAUACUAGCCCAAAUCCGACGCGCUCUCAAAUUGCUUCGAGACAAGUUUACCCAAAAACUUUACCAAAAUUCUCCGGUCGACCUCAGGACUGGCCAACGUUCAUCAGCGCUUACGAACAAGCCAAUCGGUCUUGUGGGUUUAAUCACGCAGAAAACUUAGUGAGGCUACAGGAAGCAUUAGAGGGUCGAGCAAAGGAUCUAGUGAGGAAUAGGCUGUUACUUCCCGAAAACGUCCCAAGUAUUAUCGAGAAGCUCCGCAAGAGGUUCGGUAAUCCGGAGGUUUUAUCGACAAUGCUGACAGAUCGUGUAUUGCAACUCGUUGGGCCUGAUUCAGAGAACUUGGAAUCAGUUAUUGAAUUUGGAAGUGCAAUUGAAGAGUUCACGCAACACCUAAAAGCAUCGAACCUGACUGAUCAUUUGAAAAAUCCAAAUUUGAUGCAUCGAUUAGUUAACAAAUUGCCUUCCUGUUAUGCAAUGCAGUGGGUGGAAUUUAAGCGAACUAAAAGAUCGAUAACUCUUGAGACAUUUGGCGAAUUUAUGGAGGAGCUCGUGGACAAAGCAUUGGAGGCAACGUUCGAAAAGGUCGCCAUGGAAGAAUCAUCAAAAUCGAAACGUCGAACUGCUGUGAAAGGAUAUGUUCAUGCGACUGAUGCUGAAAUUCAAACAUCUAGCUGCAACUGCAAUAAAAAUGAAGAGUUCUCGAGACAAUCUGAUGCUGUUCAAAGUUUCCAGUCGAGCCGAACAGAAAGAAUCUGUUCUGUUUGCAAAAAUCCAGGACAUUAUGGCAGAAACUGUAAUCAACUAAAAAACCAGAAUGUUGAAGAUAGAUGGAGAACAGUACAACGGCUGCAAUUGUGUCCACUAUGCAUAUACGACCACGGAAACAAAGAAUGUUCGUCGAGACGAAAAUGUGGUUUCAACCAGUGCAACAAAAGGCAUCAUGCAGUGCUUCAUUGGGAAGAGAAUCCAGGUCCAUCAUACGUCACCGCAAGCUGUAACAAUCAGAAGCAAUGUGAUCAAUCGGUUUUGUUUCGGAUGAUACCUAUCACGCUGUACAACAAGUCUAUUAAGGUUGAUACUUUGGCUCUUAUCGACGAGGGUUCAUCGGUUACACUGAUCGAAAGUGGACUAGCAGGACAAUUAGAGGCGUCUGGUGAACGAGAACCGUUAGAAAUGAGCUGGACGAAUGGGAUGAGUACGACAGAGGAUCAGUCAAUGAAAUUGUAUCUAGAAAUUGCAGGAUUAGGAAUGGAAGACCGUUUGAAUUUGAUCGAUGCAAGGACGGUCAAAAAACUUGACCUACCGAAACAGCAGCUGGAAUUUACGAACAUCGCUUCUCAAUAUACACAUUUACAUGGUAUCGAUAUAAAGGGAUACGGAAUGAGCGCACCGAAAGUACUUCUUGGAAUCAACAACGUACAUUUAAUAGCUCCUUUAGAUUCGAGAGUCGGAAAACCAGGUGAACCGGUUGCGAUCAAGUGUAAGCUUGGAUGGACGCUCUACGGUCCACGUCCAGGAGUAGUAGCUACUGUACAUUUUAUUGGGCAUCACCGAUGCAAUUGUGUCGAAUGUGGCAAGUCAGACCGUAAUAUGAACGCCGCGUUGAAAGAAUAUUUUCAGCUCGAAGACGUUGGAAUCACACCCAUUAGACUCGAAUCGAAGGAAGAUCGUCGAGCUCGGGAAAUUCUCGAAAGGACCACCAGACGUGUAGGAGAAAGAUUUGAAUCGGGGUUGCUGUGGAUCGAAGACGACGUCGAGUUUCCCGAAAGUUAUCAAAUGGCGCUGAAACGGUCACUUAGCUUGGAUAAACGCAUUGCACGAUGUCCAGAGAUUCGAGAAAACAUUUUGAAACAACUUGAAGAAUACGUCACGAAGGGUUAUGCCCAUAUUAUCACGGAUCAAGAAUUAUUAGAAACGCCAAAGGAGAAAACGUGGUAUUUACCUUUGAAUUUCGUUAUUAACCCAAAAAAACCGGGGAAAGUCAGGCUCGUGUGGGAUGCCGCUGCCAGGGCGAAUGGUGUUUCCCUAAACGACAAGCUGCUCAAAGGUCCAGACAUGACAUCAUCGUUGCCAGCGGUGAUAAAUGCAUUUAGGGAACGACCGAUUGCCUUUGGAGGAGAUAUCAAGGAAAUGUUUCACCAAAUAAGAGUACGCCGUGAAGAUCGCCAAACACAACGCUUCCUUUUUAAUGUAAAUUCUAACGACAAACCUACGAUAUUCGUGAUGGAUGUGGUUAUAUUUGGAGCUAGUUGUUCACCGUGCAUUUCACAAUUUGUGAAAAAUCUUAACGCCCAGGAACAUAAGUUUACGUACCCAGCAGCUUCACAAGCUAUAGUACAUAAACAUUUUGUCGACGAUUACUUCGACAGUGCCGAUACUAUAGAGGAAGCAAUCCAGCGAGCGUUGGAGGUGAAGAAAGUCCAUGCUGCCGGUGGAUUUGAAACUCGAAACUGGGUCAGCAAUUCGGAUGAGGUGCUGCAAAUGCUUGAUGUCAUACCAUGCGAGACAGGGGAUUUCAUUCAAGUCAAUAAGAGUUCUGAAGUUGAACGGGUUCUAGGUAUACGCUGGGAUUCAAAAGGAGAUAAAUUUGUAUUCUCGACGGAUAUGCGGUCAGAUCUAGAACCUUAUAUGCUUGGAGAAGCAUGGCCAACGAAGCGAAUUGCUUUACGAUGUAUAAUGAGCUUAUUUGACCCAAAGCAGUUUCUAGCGCCAUUGCUCAUUCAUGGUCGCAUACUGAUGCAAGACGUCUGGCGAAGCGGGAUUGGUUGGGACGAUAAACUCUCAGAAACAAACUACCAAGGUUGGGUACGAUGGAUCAAACUUUUCCCAUUGAUUGAGUCGGUGUCUAUACCACGCUGCUAUCUUGGACAGUUUGGUUCAACAGCCUACCAGUCAGUUGAACUCCACGUAUUUACUGAUGCCGGAGAAGAUGCAUAUGGAUGUGUAGCGUUUUUUAGAUUUGUUAUGGACACGAAAGUUCACUGUUCGUUUGUUGAGGCCAAGGCAAAGGUGUCGCCGUUACAACAUCUCUCAAUUCCUCGAAAGGAAUUGCAGUCAGCGACCUUAGGAGCACGACUAGCAAAGUCUAUAAGCGAAACACAUUCGUUUAGGAUCAACAAGACAAUAUUGUGGACUGACUCAAAGGCCGUUUACUCUUGGGUUAGAUCAGAACGAAGAAAGUAUAAGGAGUUUGUAGCACAUCGUGUUGGCCAAAUACUGGCUGUCUCGAACCCAGAAGACUGGCGCUGGGUUCCUUCUAAACAGAAUGCUGCGGAUGACCUUACGAAAUGGGGCAAAACAACCGAGAUUUGUUCAGAAAGCCGUUGGUUUCGGGGUCCAGAUUUUCUGUAUUUGUCAGAGGAAUAUUGGCCGGCACAAAAUCAAACAACAAUAGACGUCGAAGAGGAGUUUCGAGCUCACAUAUUAUUCCAUCAUGUGAAGCUACCCGAUGGUCUUAGAGUAGAGCACAUUUCAAAAUGGAAUGUCUUAGUCAGGAUGGUAGCCACUAUGUAUCGAUUUAUCUCAAACAUGAAACGUCAUGCGAAAAAACAACCGAUUGAACCACUUUUUGAAAAUACUACUUUACCAGUAGUACCACUUCGCCAGGAGGAAUAUUUGAUGGCGGAAAACUGUCUUUGGCGUCUAGCACAAUAUGACGAGUAUAUCGAUGAAGUUACCAUACUUACUCAAAACCAAUCAUCACCGAAGGAGCUACACAAAUCAAUAGAAAGGACCAGCAAACUCUACAACAAAUCACCUGUGUUGGACGAAUUUGGCGUUAUACGGAUGGAGGGAAGAACCAUGAGAGCAGAAUUCAGCAGUUUUGAUUCUAGAUAUCCAAUAAUAUUGCCUGGAAAACACAUUGUAACUCGAAAACUAGUAGAAAACUAUCAUCAACGUUGCGGACACGGUAGUCGAGAAACCGUGGUCAACGAGAUCAGACAACGAUUCUGCGUCGAAAACUUACGAGCGUUGGUGAAGAAGGUGACUCAGGAUUGUACCUGGUGUAGAAUGCAGAAGGCGAAACCAUGUGUACCUCGGAUGGCAGCCUUACCAAAACAACGCAUGGCGAUAGGCGCUGAACCAUUCUCGUAUGUUGGUCUAGAUUAUUUUGGUCCACUAGAAGUAUCAGUAGGAAGGCGUAGAGAAAAGCGAUGGGUUGCGUUGUUCACUUGCAUGACUACGCGAGCAGUACACCUUGAAGUGGCAUACAAUUUGACUACAGAAUCUUGCAAAAUGGCAAUUAGGAGGUUCGUGAAAAGGAGGCGGAGUCCCAUCGAAAUAUUUACAGAUAAUGGGACGAACUUUGUGGGAGCGAACAGAGAAUUGCAGAGUCAAAUUAAGAAAAUUAACAAUUUGUGUGCUGAUACUUUCACUAGUGGUAAAACGCGUUGGACAUUCAAUCCUCCCUCUGCGCCUCAUAUGGGUGGCGUGUGGGAGCGAAUGGUUCGAUCCGUGAAGGAGGCGUUAAAGAUAUUCGUUGAUGGAACGAGAUUAUCAGAUGAAAUUCUUCUCACAGCAUUGAUUGAAGCAGAGGAUUUAAUAAAUUCCAGGCCUCUUACUUAUGUUUCAACAAACUUAAACGAAGAUCCAGAAGCCCUCACUCCCAAUCAUUUUUUGAAAGGGAUUUCAGCAGAGUGUCUACCUCCAAGGAAUGAAAUUGAGAAUGCGGAUGCUUUGCGAAGCAGAUACAGUCGUGCACAGUUACUUGCUGAUGAAAUGUGGAGUCGGUGGCAACGGGAAUAUCUUCCAACUUUGAAUAAACGGUCCAAAUGGUAUGGCGAAACCCGAAAUUUAAACCCUGGAGAUUUGGUGUUUGCUUUAGAGGACAAUCAAAGACAACGUGGGAUUGUGGUGGAUGUACUAACUGGCAAGGAUGGUAGAACACGGACAGCGGUGGUACGAACUUCUAAGGGAACCAAAAUGAGACCAGUGGCAAAAUUGGCAGUAUUGGAGAUGGAUAGUAGUAAACCUGAUCGCGAUUCCAAUAGCUCCUAG